CUUCCGAAGCUCCUCCAGGCUCGAGCCGGCAUUGAACGCCCACAGCCGGGACGCGUCUUUCUCGGUCGCUCCUGCAUGCAACUCGUCUGCUGGUGGGCCAUAGCUUCGUGGAUCCCGCCUUGGUGUCAGUCGUGCCUCUACGCCGCAGCACUUCAUCCGUGCUGCUCCUCGAGUAGACGUCUGGAUACCUACCGUACCCACCUUACCCAUACCUAUGCCACUGCUGGGCCAGUGUGACAUCUUCUCUUCUACAGCGGCGACGACGCUGGAUGGGACACCUCCCUUCACUACGUGCAGCUGCAGUGGGAACGCUUGAUCGGGACAUUGUUGCGGCUGUGCAGUGUCGUGCCGCCAGGCGGCCUCAAGAGCGCUGAGGCAGUCCGUGUCUAGUACCCACAGAGAGGUCCUGAAGACUGCAGGCAGCAUAAUGCAGGAUCUAUAAUUUGCUCUCAUCCUUUUGUGCUGGACACCACCAGCUCGAUACAGCUCAGCUGCCUGCGAAAACGGCCCCACGUUCGACAACAGUCCCAAGUGUUGAUAUGGCUCUGGAGAGCCCAAUGAUGCCCAUAUCCUCUCCAACCGCGGCUGGACUGGCAUCAGCGUUCAGUCCUUACUCGGAAUCGCCCAACUCUCCGGCGCGCUUCAAUACUUUUCCGAGCGGCGGCAACUACAGCAAUCGCUCUUCGGGCCCGACCGACUCCCUCGCACCACCACCACCUAGCCCAUACCCUCAGCAAAUCGAGCCGUCGCCCGUAGACUCAAAUGGUACCGAAGGUACAGACAUAGACGAGGCUGCGCAAGAGCACGAAGACGAUGCAGGGGAUGAAGGGGAUGUACUAUCGCCGUCACCUGCGUCCAGUAGCGACGCUUUCGGGUUGCAGUCGCCAGAUAACGAGGUCGGCAUUCCUGACCUCCCGCCUAAGAUUGUGACUUCUCUACCUCGAUCACUUCUAUCAGACUCGACCGAUAAUGACCCUCAGUCUGUAAUUCAUAUUCCCACUGGCUUCAAGGACUUCGAAGGAGCGCAUAGACAAGUCGCUUCUCCUGAGCGCAACCCUCGCUUAGCUUCGCCCAGUACGCCAGAAGCAUCGGUCAUGAGCCCAUCAGAGCAGCAACAGCUGUCCACCGUUUCGCCAGUCAACCCUGAAACCUCACAAUCUGCCGAACGUCUCACUCCUCGUGCUCAUGCGAACCAGGAGUUGGACGAAGAAGCGAAGCGGAAAUGUCGGCGAACCUCGAGUCUAGAAGGUCUGCUUCCCGGGUUUGACGCUUACUUUCAGCAGCAUCUGACUGUGCAUGUAGACAUUCCCGAGGGAAUCUUAGACGAGCGUUCAGUUGCCGAUGAUGACCAUGAUGGCGGCGGUUCUAGUCGUCCAACCACUGCUGGACUGGUUGGCGGCGAAAGGAUGGAAGGUCCCUUGGAGCAAGCUCACGAUGAAAUCACUGCUUUGCGUGCGGCAUUGGGCGAAUGCUGGACACUAUGCAACACUCUGGCGAAUCUUUCUUCAAGUCAUAGACAACGUACAUUCAAGUUUCGAGGUCAGACAGAAGUCCAGCAGCAUGCAUGGCAGAGCUGCUGGCGGUUAUGCCAACAACUGUACGACAACAAGGACGAAGACCACACCGCACAAGUCAUUCCUACACUAGAAUUGUGUCGUGACUUCUGUCAGUCACUCUUCGAUGCGAGGGCGAGAGUCGACGAGGCGACCGACUCCGUCUUGAGGGUCAGCUUCGAGCUGAACAACCACCUUUACAACAUCAACUCCAAUGACAUACCCAAUGCCUUCGUCGAGCGGACGCUAGACUUCUACAUCACGCUUUGCCACAGGCUCAUGAAGAUGCCAACCUCUUUACCACGAGAGACAGACUCCCUUCUUCGUGCCUGCUGGUCACUAGCAGAAAUGCUUUUCAAUCUCCGCCACAGCAGCCGAGAAGCAAAGCAAGCAGAUGAAGAGCUUCUGGGCUCUGCAGUACAGGCCUGCUGGGAGCUUUGUGACCUGUUCCGUGAAGGAUGGACCCAGAUCCGACCGGACAGAGGCACCCCACGACCACAUCAGUCGACAUUUGGCGCACCAUCUCAGGCAUCGUUGAACUCCAGCUCGACGACGCUUGGCUCGGCCGGCCGUUCAACAUCAAGCACAGUCAGCAAUCGCAAAUACCACGAAGCACAACCACAUUUGCCACCGGAAACUCCAGUCACUGUCUUUGACGAAACUUCCACGGCAAACUCAUCGCCAGACUCCGUGAUUAUGCCCAACAUCUUGGUUUUGGGCCCCUCAAGCUCUCAUGGCUCAAAUCGAGGUGCACCACACCACGAUCGCUGGACGUCUAACGCCUCUGUUCUGAGCGACUACUCCGAGUCGGCAGCCUCGGGCGCUUCACGGCGCUCUUCCUCGACAGCAAGCGCUGGUGGCGAAGAAGUUCAUCUGGCCCGCUUACGUGCCCUUUUAUUGAAAGCGGGCAUCAACACGGGAUAUGUACGUACAUCAGGACAACAACUUCCAGCGUAUGUCAAAGCUCUCCCGGACUCUGCAUUCGGAAUAUUGCCAUGGCAGAUGAAAGUUCUUGGUUUCUAUAAGAAAUUGGUGACAAACGACAAGUCACUGAAGAACGCGCAUACCAUGGCGAGUAGAAGAAUUGGUGCCGCGGACGUCGCGAGAAGUGUCCGAUGGCUUGGCGAUGGCGAACAGUGGGCGUGGAUGAGAGAUUUGUUUCGAAUUGUGUUUGGCUUUGGUGUUGACGAGGCCGAGAGGAGAGGUGGGAGCUUCGUGACCUGACACAUGUCUGGAGUGCCGUCAACACAAGUACACACGGGGCGACCAAGUCUCCAGUGGGAAACAUCCUCCCAGUGGUGCAUAGGUAUUCGUCAAGUGGAGGAGAGCGGCUGCUGUUGUGGCAGAAUGAUGGAAGUUGCUAUCACGAUCCAGCCUAUCAAAGGCAAUAGGACUAAGGAGCCUCCAGGCCUGCCGGGUCGAGUCAUGUGGACAUCAGAACUCCUCGGCCAUUCAGUACGAGGUGUUCCCGAGUAGCACUUUAUGCCGAACAAGUCGCUUGCGAAAAAAGGCAAAGACGAUCAUCGAAUAGCCUGCUUGCAUGAGUGGGACGAGAAUGAAGCAAACAGGACCUUGGAUACCUGCCAGAAUGGGAAAUCUGGGACGUAACAGGAAGAAGACUCGUGGAAGAGAGAGGGGCAAGAUCAACGGGAUAGAUUGAUUGCCCAUACACACACACACACACACACACACACACACACACACAGCAAUAGGCUCCCAUCCGUGAAAUCGGCAGAAGACUUUACCUGCUUCUUGAAGAUGCAGAAGCCACGCUUACUUUACAUGAGCCACAUCAACGAGCACGCGCGUGGCUCUGAAUGGGAAACACGCAACAGACAAUGUGCAAGAGACAUGAUAUCCCCUAUUUGUUUUAUCUCAUCGUUUUCUAUCUUUACACAUCUCUCAAUCUUUGAAUGAGAACCGGGAGCGCAACUGCAUAGCGCUCAUCCAUUAGUUCCCACUUGCACCAACGUGUAUCUUGUGCGUGAAGCUGUCUUGUGGAAAAGCCACAAUGUGUGGUUGGUUCCAGCCGCGCGGAUACUUGCAAACAGUGCUGCUAUUGAGAACAUUAAUGCACCUGCCUAGGUAUCCCAAGUCUAUGAAAUAGUCAAUGCCAGUCAAUGCUGGUGCUGAGCUAUUUCGCGCGGGGGCGUUGUUGUUGUUAUUUGUUGUUGUUGUUUUCUUCUUUUGGUCUGAGUUGGCAAAGGCCAUGAUGAAUGAUGAUGGCAUAGAGCCAGGCAAGUCCAGGUUUUACACCGUGAUGAUGUGUGCCGAGUGAACAGCAUACCAUCAUAUGCAUCUACCACUCAAACUCGCCCAUGCCCUUGUGAAAAACCCACUCCUUGCCAGAGACACUCAUGACGCCGUCCUUGAGGGUGCACUUCCAUUUGUUCUUGACGCGCUGGACUUUAUCAUAAGUGCACAGGAUGGUGUCGAUUGUCUCGUCAUCUUCGUCGCCCAUAGCGCCUUGACCGUCAUCGUCAUCGUCAUCUAAGUCUGAGUUGAUGGCAUCAGGGUCAUCUUCGUCCUUGAGCUUUGGCUUCUCAUCAUCGUCGUCAUCGUCCUCAUCAACGCCAUCCAUUUGUGAGAUGGAAGAGCCAAGAGCAGGAGUUGAAGGUGAUCCUAUCGCUUUCGGAGGUGCUGUGCGGCGCUUCUGCUUGUUCUGCAAUCGCGAUGAAGGAUGGUCACGGAGUGGAAGCAUCAAUCCGCUUUGUAAAUCUGCCGAGAGUCUCAUAAUUUGAUCGCGCAUCAGGCUGUCAGAUUGACCACCAUGCUGAGCAUGAGCAGCUCGCCUCUCAGCCAACAUGGCCUUCCACUGAGCAAGAUCUUCUUCUUCUUCUCCUUCAUCGGCGCCAUCAGUUUGGCUGUAGUGCGGAUGCUGAAAGCCGCCUUGCUGCACCUGCGGGCUCUCGUUCUCGACUUUUAUGCGAGGUUGAGCCUGUUGCUGCUGCUGCUGCUGUAACUGAUGCUGUUGACGUGCCAUAGCAGCUUGUUGCUGUUGCUGGAACUGCUGUUGUGCCGCAGCUGGACUGCCCUGUGGUAGUUGGAGGCCUUGUGGUGGCUUCGGUUGCUGCUGAAGGGGUAAUGCCAGACCUCCACGUUGCAUAGCAGCAAGGGAUGGUGCUGCUGCGUUGCCGAAUUGCUGCUGCACGAGCUGUUGAGCACGAGCUGCGCCUCCCUGUACGGCGAUGUGCUGGCCGUUAUUCUGGGCAUAGUUUCCAGUAGGAAGGCCGUGAUACUGAUGCUCUUGACCAGGCUCCGCCUUGAUCCGCUGGCCAUUUGCAGCAGUCUGAGAAUGGUCAUAGCUGCCGGCAUACGGACUGGCAGGGAGUCCACUGGCGCUGCUCGCCGGCGCCGACGGAGCAACCUGAGGUGGUGGUGGCGCUUGAGCAGGUUUGGGGUCCCAAGGCAUCUGUGCGACGCCGCGGGCUGAGAGCUUGUUCUGCCAUUCCUGCUGCAAUUCGCCCAGUGUCUGCGAGCCAACACCGCUCUCCUCGAAAUCGCCCUGCGAUGCCGCGACGACCUCUUCGAUGACCUUGAGGUAGACGUCGCCCACCAGCGUGUUCGUCAUGAUGGCGGUGGUUGGCGUGUGGCUGCCUUGGUGCGCCGGUACAAUGGACGCAGAAGCGAGGCAAUGCUGUCGCGAGGAAAAAGAAUAUGGCAGGCCGGCCGCACGCAAUCUAGGCGCAACGAUGCCUUGCUUUCGAUGGCACCGGUUGUUGCGGGGGUCGGAGGGGAGGGAGGGUGUUACGACGUCUCUGGCGCGGCGGGGAGGUGAGUAAUGAGUGGAAUAUGCCUUCUAUCUCUCGACACUAUCCUGUCCAGACACCUGUGCAUGCGUGUUGAGGUGUCGUCGCUGCUCUGCCCUUGUCUUUGGGUUCUGCGCGGCGGUGAUGUAUUUGGCAGCGUUGCCAGAGGGAGCUUAUAUACUGUGGACCCUUCGGCUUCGUCAGCAACGCGGUUGCAGCCGCCUACCACGACUCGCGCCCGCUCG